AUGUUUUUUAAACAUAUGAUAGAAAUCAAUGAUGAAGUGGUGGACAAAAAAUAUUUGGAUAUCUUUUACAACUAUGAUAAUAAAUGUAAUCUUCGAAUGGCACCAAAACUAACUUACUUUCAUAUUCACCCCGGUCCAUUCGAUAAGAUGAAAGUUCGUUUAGCAGCCCAAGUCUUUAGUGCAAGUGUUGCUGCUGGUAUGUCCACAGCAUUAAAUUGCGGGCUAUUACCGGUUGAUGCACAAAGUACCAUAUAUUUUAUCAAUAACAUGGAUAAGUUAUUUGAUAUAUUCAAUUCCACAGAUAUCCCAAAUGGUAAAAUUUACAACCAGCCUUUUACAAACACAGCACCUCAGACAGACCAUUUGAGUAAAAUUACUGAAAUGUUUAAAACAUGA